AUGUCUCAGCAAUACCGGUUCCCGGCUCUUGCACCUAUGCCGAAGACAUCGGCUCCUGGGUUUACAAUAUCGCACCCACUACCACCUAAGCGAAUCUCAGUCCGAGUAGCUUGCCAGCGCUGCCGGGAGAAACGUAUCAGAUGUGACGGGAUUUAUCCCUGUUCUCACUGUCGGAGGACAGGGCUGGACUGCAUUCAUCGCAAGAGUCAGACCCUAUUAAUAAGAGAGCUACUCGACGAAAAUAAGCAUCUGAAGAAAGUCAACGCCGAAAAGGAGAAACUUCUUCAGGCAUUUGGUUUGAGCUAUGACAUUGAAGCAUCAAAAUCCCUUACUGAAAACCUUAAGAACACCAACAAAUCACGGCAGAAUGCAUUACAGACCAUCGAAAAUCUACACCACGUGUUGGAUGACCUCACGGGUGUUGAAAGAAAUGAACUGUCACUUCCUGCGUUAGCUAAUAUAAGCGUCAAGCUCGCAACAGGCCCUAGUGCUGCCUAUUGUACCCCUAACUCAACUCUUUUGCGACCUCCGAGAAGCACUAUCCGGCAAGCCGAGGCAACUAUGUUGCUUUCGUCACAGGGCAUGCCAACUCCAACUUCUCUACCAUUAGCUCCCACCACUACGGGUGUUGUCGAAUCGGAGGCUGAGAGCUGCGCGAGUUUGCAGUCAGUCGGUGCAAGACAGCUAUUUGCCUCUUUAGCUACCUGGGACUGCAUACCUUUCUGCAUUAUUUGCCAGGCGCAAUUUCUAGAAGCUUUCGAUACAGGCUCUAGACAGUUCUGUUCACCAGCUUUAUCGAAUGCAGUACUUGCAUUAGCGAUUCGUGAACUUAUUGAAACUGAGAAUGAAACACAAUCGACUGCAACAAAUACUCUUGGGAGCAAGUACUUUUUUGACAAAGCUGUGAGAAUCCUGCAACACAGCCCACAUGCUAGUCAACUUCCAAACACGCAGGCUCUCGGCAUACUCUCACUCUAUCAACUUAGCUGUGGUCACGAAAUAGCUGCCCUAGAACUUGCCCUAUCAUUGUUGUCCGGCAUCACGAGACUUUGUGAUCAACAAUCUUUGGCAGAACGCGGAGAUACUCAAUUUCUCCGCUUAAUACGUACGCGAUCCGUCCAGCAUCGCGAUUUCCUGCGCACGAAUCAGCUGUCGUCUUUGGUAAUUUCAACUGAUGAGUGGAAUACUGCUCUUGCGUCAAAAUGGGUCUAUGGGUUCUUAUCAAAACUGGCAAUGAUCCCCGCAGGCACUAUUAAGAGUCAUCUGGUCUCCAUCUACAAAGAUUGUCUUAAUUGGUACGAAGACCUUUUCACUCUGUUAAAGGCAGAGGCGGUUAACACGCCAGCCUCGCUCCUCGUUCAAAUGCAUUAUCAUUUCUGCAUAUUGGAGCUCUUCCGGCCAUUUGUUGGCUUAUGGCCAGGAGACAAGCUGCUUCAGCCAAAUGUAUCAUGUGCUGAGUCUGCACAAGCUAUAUUAUCACUUGCGCAGUCGUACGAACGCCUUUUUACUUUGCGACGUAUUUCCGGAUUUGCGCCAUAUUUUGUUUUGGCAGCCGGUCUCUACAGCAACAUUACGAUGGAGAGCAGCCCGCACGAUUGCUUUUCGAAUCUUGGAUACGUGGAUAACGCAAUGCCAACCACCAGCCCGCACCCUUCCCAAAACGGGGCAAUGUAUGGACAAUAUAGGCUUUCCGACUUCCAACAACCCCUCCAAAUGUCGGCCGCAGGCUCUGCGUUCAACCUCCUUCAGAAAAUGCAGUCGCACAAGCUGGUAGUGCAAAUGGCGAGGCUGGGUGGCCAUCGAUAG